AACGUCGUGCUAGGGGGCCCACAAAACUUGGAGCGAACUCCAAACUGUCUUGUCUGACAAACAAUCAGCUCAGCACCGGCUGAUUAUAUUGUAUUAUCGGUUUUGCUGUCACUAGCAUCUUUUAUUUCUUACAGGGUUUGCAAUGGAGACUUUGGUCGCCCAUAUCAUACUUCCUCUAAUAACAUGUUCUAUGUUAUUCAGCUGUCUUACAACGUUCGUUGCGUUUGUCUCAAGUCAAAAUGUUCUCCAAUCAAAUCCAGAUGCUCCAGUUAUCAGCCUCUGUCUCCUUGACCUCUGCCUUGUUGUUCUUUUCAUUCUUCAACAUAAGGUCAUGUCAACAGACAGAUUCAAGAGGUUCCUUGAAUACUGUGGCAUCACAGUGGUGGAGAGACUCAUCCAUGUGGCAGUCACAUCCUUUACUCUCAUGACUGUGAUGUACCUGUGGGAGCCCAUCACGAACCCAUACCUGUGGUACUUUGACACAAGUGAAAGGUUCUUCCUCUGGCUCUUCUUCUUACUUCUCCAUGUGUUCGCCUGGACCAUCAUGUUUCUGGACGCCCUCACCAUGGAGCCACUAGAGAUGAUAGGACUCAAGCAGAUCUACAAUUACCACAUGGAACUUGGCCCACCUUUGCAAUAUCUACCCAAGAUGUUACAGAGAUGUUACCGAAGUGUGCGACAUCCCGGCCCGGUCCUGUUGGUGCUGGCUCUGUGGGUCCACCCCCAGAUGACCUUGGACCGACUGGUCCUUAGCUAUCUGUUGACGUGGUUCCUGUGGAGUGGCUACAGGAUGACCACCAGACAGUACCGGCAUGUCAGUCACUGGUUACUGGAGGCCAGGGAGGAGGUUGUGUUCCACACCAGACACCAGGUGUCCGGUGGACGCAGGCUUGACAGUGCAGACUCUGGCUGUGAAGUGGAGUAUUCUGAGUAGGAUCAAGAUGAAAAUGACAUCAUUGAAAUUGUUUCUUGUGCUUGUUGGUAAUAAUUCUCACUGCCACCCAACCCAAACAGUUUGUC